CGAAAUAUAUAAGUUUUUGUGGCGAAAGAGGGCGUGUUGGGGGAGUGUUUGUACCGUGGUUCGUACGGACCAAUCAGCUUUCGAAUACAAAUUGCCACACGACGAAUUAAAACAUGGCCGAUUUUGAGGUAACCUUUUUUCUUUUCGUUUAUUUCUUUUAGUUUAUAUUUAUUUCCUUACUUUAUUGACUAAUUUGAUUUGUUUGUAUUUUCUUAGUAUAUGUCAGGUUUUGGAAAUGAAUUUUCGUCAGAAGCGUUAAAAGACGCACUCCCCAAAGGGCAAGUAUGUAAAUUUUUAAUAUUUAUCAUUUCAAUGGAUGGUGCACCAGUGCACGCUCUGCACGCAAUAUAAUUUAUUUUACAAUUUGUACAAUUCUGCUGUUUUCUCUUUUAAAGCUCUAUAAUAUUGUACAAAAUACUAACAUAUGGUAGAAAGUAGUUGUCUUUAAUAUUCUGAACAUUUAAUAAGUACAGUUUUGAUUGUCAGAGAUAUUUGAUUGUCAAUAUUAUUGCGUAAAACAAAUUAUGAAAAUCAAACGUAUAUAAACAACUGUUUAAAAAGGAUAUUGUAGAUGGAAAUUAUCGAGUGGAAAUUUAUAUGCAUUUAAUAUACCUAACCAGGAACAGUACCGAAAAAUGCAACUUUAGGUCCCUGACAGGAAUCAAACCUGUGACUCCGGCGCAGUGCCCCAACCCACCAAGCUACAGAAGCCAGUUGUCGAGCCCCAGCCACAAGCCCAUGUAUAUAUAUAUAUACUAGGGUACUGCCACAUGUAGGUUAUGUGUAAAUAUCAAGAUUUUGUUGGCAUCUACACUACCCUUCAACUAAUAUUUACUGUCGUUCCAAUUGAAGUGUUCCUCAAAUAUUGAUUCAAUACAUUACCUCGGGCUGACCAAUUCAUUUGAUCAAGUUCCUCGAAAUAUUCAUACACUUCCUAGUAUAAUUGUAAACUUCCUGUUAAAUAGUUUGAAUGAUCACCUUUGUUGUUUGUGCAACUAACCAAUCAUAAAUAGAAAGGAAGUGACCAGAAAUGAUCAAAUUCUUGGAAUUGGCCCUUUCACAGGAAGUGUAUGAAUAUCUCGAGGAACUUGAUCAAAUGAAUUGGUCAGCCCGAGGUAAUGUAUUGAAUCAAUAUUUGAGGAACACUUCAAUUGGAACGACAGUAAUUGAGUGAGAUGUCAACAAAAUCUUGAUAUUUACAGAUAACUGUAUAGAAGCCCUAUCAGUUGUAAGUCCAGUAAGAGCCAUCAAUAAGGAAUGCUACCUUGCUACAGUCAGUUACUCCAGGAAGACACCUAAACUAAAUUAACUUUAUUGCCAGCUAGAUAGCACUAUCAGUUGUAAACUGUUCUCCAUAGAGGUCUGUGUGUAGUUUCUGAGGUAUGUUUUUUAUUAGAAUAAUCCUCAAAAAUGUCCUUAUGGUUUGUAUGCUGAACAACUUUCUGGGUCAUCGUUUACCUCACCCCGAGAGACAAACAAGCGCAGGUUGGUUAAGUUUUAAAGUAUCAUUCUAGCUCCUCUACAGGCUGUAAUGAAUUUCCUAAUCUCAUUUCCUACAUUAGAAAUUGAGAUUUGAAAUUUUUUUAUGGCAUCAGUAGGUUUGAUUAAACAGAUGACUGUGGUCUAUGCUAAUUAUUUUCAAUAUAGUAGUGUAUAUAGUCUUGCAUUUGUUGGCAGGUGAAUAGAAUUGAGAAAUGUUGUUUUAUUUUCAGUAGCUCUUAUAAGUAUUAACAUAUCUGAUGUUCACCACUAGGCCUAAAAAAAAUACCUGUGGUUCCGGUUUCAUAUCGUGAAAAAAUUAGGGUAGCUAGGUCGGAAACAAUUUUUUUUUUUAAUAUUUUUUUCAUAGUUUUGGCAGUUUUUUUGCUGGGUGAUGGCUCUUGAGUCCCGAUGUCAAUAUCAGCUAGAGAUUCAUAUUUCCUACGGACGAAUUUAGGCAAUUUGGUUCAAUAAUUAUUUUGACAACAAAUGCCAUUUUAGCACGCUGUAUGAGUAGACUGCAACCACCCGGAGAAAAUAGAGUUGCACAGUCAAUCGCGUUGAAAAAAUAAUAAGGUCGGCAGAAAAAAUAGGGUUUGUCUGGAAACCGAAACCACAGGUAUUUUUUGUUAGGCCCUGAGACUGAAAUUAACCCAUUGAAUGCCAGCACUCUCCUUUAUAAGUAAAGUUGUCUGAUGUUAGACAGUGAGAGUAAAAUGACAUUGGGCACAUUAGGAUGCAUUUAGCAUUUAAAGGUUAACCCACCAAUUGUUGUUGGUUUUUAGCUGGCUUUAUCGCAUACGGCCAUCAGCCGUUCAUGAACCAUUCAAAAAAUUUGAAGUUGAUUAUUUUACCAACAAUUGGGAUGAAUAUCCACCUGAUCCAAAUCAAGUAAGCUGAGAAAUAUAUUACAUAAAGCUUUAGUUUAAUUUCACAACAACCACAUUCUGAAACAGAAGAAAUUAUUCUUUUUAUUUAGUUCAGAUGGAAGCCUUUUGACUUGCCCACUGAAGACGACUCAGUAGAUUUUGUUGAGGUAUUUAUUUUUAAAUUAAUAAAUUGAUUGAUUGCCAUGCAAACCUAUAAAGAACUUAGUUUGAAUAUGUUCUUUAAAGAGUCUGAAAACAAUAUGUGGUGCAGGAGAUACCAAAGUACGGAGUGGAGCUGCUAUAUAUAUCUAUUCCUGUAACAUAUCAAUGAAAGAUAGGUAUGUUUCUGUACAUGUCUUGGGAAUAUUUUGGAAACAAGUACAUGAGAUGGACUAUCAACCCAACUCUUCUCUUUUAGGUGUAUGUAUAAUUCAGAUGGUGAUUUUCUCAUUGGUAAGUCUAGUUUGCAUUAGAUCCACACAUUGAUGUGUUAGAUUAUCUAGAUUACACAUUGGUCUAUUAUACAACAGAUGAUGGUCAACCUGUUGUUAUCAGAGUUGGAAAAUAAUGUUAUAAUUCUUUUCAUUUUAUUCCACUCAGUUUUGUGUUCAGUGGUAAAUAAAUAGAAUGGAUGACUCCAGGUAUAGAUUUUGAUCCAGACAAGAAGAACGAAAUCCAUUACCACAGCUGGAAAGAGCAUCUUAAAAUGAGUAAAAUUGCAAAGUUUGGUUGCGAAUUGUUGUAAAAUGAGGAAAGUAUAGCCCUGUGAAGUUCGCAAACUUUGUAUAUAUUUGUAUUACGCGCGGGAAAAAUAACCAUUUUUCAGCCGAAAGUGGUUAUUUUUACCGCGCGUAAUACAAAUAUAUACAAAACUUGCGAACUUCACAGGGCUAUAUUUUCUUCAUUUUACAACAUUUAGCAACCAAUCUUUGCAGUUUUACUCAUUCUAAGACGCUCUUUCUAGCUGUGGUGUUGGAUUUUGUUCUUCUUGCCUUGAUCAAAUUUAGUCUAGUAUAGCUGCAUGGAAUCACCCUUUAAGACAUGUUGUUUGUUUUUUUGCUCCUGUAAGUAUCAACAUUUCUAAAGAUGACUACCAGACUUACCAGGGCUGUCCUGUAAAUGCUUAACCAUCCAGUUAUAAUGGUCAUCAGUGCUGACCCUACUUCAACUCCCCAGUUCCCAACAGUGUCACUUUUAUGACGCAAAUUAUGUAUUACAUACAAUGUAGUUCCACAAAAAGGCACAUUAAAAAUCACCACGGAGUUUGGAAAGAUAUCAGUAAAACCAAAUGAAAUUUGUGUCAUUCAGGUAUUUGUAAAAAUUAAUCUGUAAAUUAAGUUUUCUUGGUUUAUUGAACAUUCAAAUGACAACCAUGCCAAUGAAACAACACAUCAAUUUCUUUGUUGUGUAUUUUUCAUAUUUGUUGUACAUUUUUCAGCAAGGGAUGCGUUUCAGUGUUGAUGUUACUAAGCCAUCUCGCGGUUAUGUACUUGAAGUAUUUGACGGACAUUUUCAGCUUCCUAAUUUAGGACCUAUAGGUAAUUUUUUUAGUUUUAGUUGAAUUUAUUUUUCCUUCGGGAGGACCUGAUGUAACAUGGCUUUAAUUUCGUCAUUCAUUUCAGGUGCAAAUGGUCUGGCAAACCCGCGUGAUUUUCUCACACCUGUCGCAUGUUUUGAAGAUCGCCGCCCUUCUGAUGGCUACACUGUCAUCAGCAAGUUUCAGGGAGCUCUGUUUUCAGCAAAACAGGUGAUUAUCUGAGCCAAUAUAAUCUAUCAGCCAGCCAAUAUAAUCAAUGAAGUUAGCUUGUAAUCAUUAUCAUCAAUCAGUGUAGUUAAACAUUCAGUUGAUUACUCCCUCGUUGGUAAGCUGGUACGCUAAAAACUUGCAUUGCUUCGAUUCCCAGUUGGGGGAUAUUUGGAAGUUAAUAUUUCAAUAAUUGUUUUGGCCCCAUAAAUUCCUAUGUUGCUAUAAGGGUACUCGGGCUUUUAGUCAGGAUUCUGAAAGAGGGCAUCCAUUCCAUUUCGGCGGCGACAUACGUAUAGGGCGGAUUUCGAGACUAUGUCUCCCUGGAAAACCUUUGAAUGUUGGGUCUUGUAAACAGUAUCAUAUUUUACAGUUUUUUCAUGUCAGCAUCUACAUAGCGUACUAUAGCUCAUUCGAAAUUUUUAUUGGAAUUGUUGAGAAUAAUUUUCCUCCAGAAUUUUGGAUGGCGUCCAAAGGCGUCCCUUUUUCGUUGUAGGGCGUUCCCAGACGCCCUUCUGGCUUCUGGCUAAAAGCAGAUACUGUAUGUCAUUUGUUAUAUAGAGUCACUGUCCAUUUGAUGUGGUAGCGUGGUUUGGUAAUUAUGUUCCUUAUAAAUAUGAUCUUGCCAACUUUAUGGUUAUCAAUGCUGUCUCAUUUGAUCACGCGGUAUGCUUGCUUCGUUUUUGUUUUCUGAAGUACUUUGUAUAUAGAAUAAGCUGGGUUAGUCUCUAUUUAGACUACCUGAAACAAAAUUAUAAACACCAACAGGGGUGGAAUAAAUAGGCGAGCACUGCUCGCAGGAAAUGUUAAACAGCUACAGGAAAUUCGUGAUUUUUUUUGUGUUGGUGUAAUGUACUCAGGUGAAUAUGAUGCUUGUGAUGUUCAUAUGAUGCUUGUGAUGUUGGGCUAGUAUUCCAAAGGUCGUAGGUUCGAUUCCCACCGUGUCAGGCAUACUUUUCAAGCUUGCCCGGUGUGGAUAUACACUCAGAGUAACAUCACAAGCAUUACAGGAAAUUUGUUUGAAUGAAGAUUUGCUAAUGAAAAUUUGAAGGAAACCUUAACACCCAUGUCUCACUUUGGGCGCAACAACAUAUGGUUGACAGACAUUAUUAGUCCUUGAAUUUAAAACCAUGGUCAUUUAGAACACUAUAUGUUCAUGCACAUGCAGAUUUAGCACAAAAAUACUCCGUUGGUCCGCAGGAAAUUUUCGUCUCCAGGCAGGAAGAAAAUUAUUUUUCCUGCCCUGAACACCAAACACUUGAGGGGUCGGAGUAUAUGAAAAAUUUAACAAGAAUUUUGGGGUUCGAGCAAACGUCCUUCUCUAACUUCUAAACGAAGAGCAAUCGCUGAAAAACGUCAAAGUUCUCGUUCUAUUUUUCGGAUAAUUCGAUCGUGCGAUGCCUCAAUAUAUUGUUCUCUGCUUACUAAAGCAUAGAAACACACAUUCAAUAUUUAGUAAAAACUACAUUACCUUUCUAAAGGAUCCAUCUAUCUUCACGGUUCUAACCUGUCCAAGUGUAAAGCCUGGAGUGGCGAUCGCAGAUUUUGUCAUCUUCCCACCCCGGUGGGGAGUAGCUGAGCACACAUUUAGACCUCCGUACUAUCACAGUAAGUUGAAAGUUUCAAAGUGUCACGAAUUAUUUUCUCUCAGACCUUGUCAACGUGUGGUAAAAAUUGAUAAAUUGUUUUUAGGGAAUUGCAUGAGUGAGUUUAUGGGACUGAUCUUUGGAAAUUAUGAAGCAAAGGUAUGAAUUAUUGUCAAAAACCUGUUGAAUUCAUGCUUUUUUAUAAAUAAAGUUAAUUUAGGUUUCCUCCUGUAGUAACACCGGAUCAAUAAGAGAUGACCCUUACUGGACCCCUAGGGAGAACAGUUUAGAACUGAGAGAGAUAUCCAGUAUAAAUAAAGUUAGUUUAAUUUAGGUUUCCUCCUGUAGUAACACUGGAUCAAUAAGAGAUGACCCUUACUGGACCUCUAGGAAGAACAGUUUAGAACUGAUAGAGCUAUCCAGUAUAAAUAAAGUUAGUUUAGUUUAGGUUUCCUCCUGUGGUAACACUGAAUCAAUAAGUGAUGAUCCUUACUGGACCUCUAGGAAGAACAGUUUAGAACUGAUAGAGCUAUCCAGUAUAAAUAAAGUUAGUUUAGUUUAGGUUUCCUCCUGUAGUAACACUGGAUCAAUAAGAGAUGAUCCUUACUGGACCUCUAGGAAGAACAGUUUAGAACUGAUAGAGCUAUCCAGUAUAAAUAAAGUUAGUUUAGUUUAGGUUUCCUCCUGUAGUAACACUGGAUCAAUAAGAGAUGAUCCUUACUGGACCUCUAGGAAGAACAGUUUAGAACUGAUAGAGCUAUCCAGUAUAAAUAAAGUUAGUUUAGUUUAGGUUUCUUCCUGUAGUAACACUGGAUCAAUAAGAGAUGAUCCUUGCUGGAACUCUAGGAAGAACAAUUUAGAACUAAGAGAGAUAUCCAGUAUAAAUAAAGUUAAUUUAGUUUAGGUUUCUUCCUGUAGUAACACUGGAUCAAUAAGAGAUGAUCAUUACUGGACCUCUAGGGAGAACAGUUUAGAACUGAUAGAGCUAUCCAGUAUAAAUAAAGUUUGUUUAGUUUAGGUUUCCUCCUGUAGUAACACUGGAUCAAUAAGAGAUGAUCCUUACUGGACCUCUAGGAAGAACAGUUUAGAACUGAUAGAGCUAUCCAGUAUAAAUAAAGUUAGUUUAGUUUAGGUUUCCUCCUGUAGUAACACUGGAUCAAUAAGAGAUGAUCCUUACUGGACCUCUAGGAAGAACAGUUUAGAACUGAUAGAGCUAUCCAGUGUAAAUAAAGUUAAUUUAGUUUAGGUUUCCUCCUGUAGUAACACUGGAUCAAUAAGAGAUGAUCCUUACUGGACCUCUAGGAAGAACAGUUUAGAACUGAUAGAGCUAUCCAGUAUAAAUAAAGUUAGUUUAGUUUAGGUUUCCUCCUGUAGUAACACUGGAUCAAUAAGAGAUGAUCCUUACUGGACCUCUAGAGAGAACAGUUUAGAACUGAUAGAGCUAUCCAGUAUAAAUAAAGUUUGUUUAGUUUAGGUUUCCUCCUGUAGUAACACUGGAUCAAUAAGAGAUGAUCCUUACUGGACCCCUAUAGGAAGAACAGUUUAGAACUGAAAGAAAUAUGCAGUAUAAAUAAAGUUAUUAUUUUCUCACUCUGACAACUGUUGGUUGACCACCAUCUGCUGCACGAUAGUGCUUCGUGAAACCUACUUGUAACUUCGCCGUAACUUGAUUACAGGAGGAAGGAUUUGCUCCUGGUGGAGCAAGCUUACAUAGCAUGAUGACACCACAUGGUCCUGACAAAGAAUGUUUUGAAAAAGCAUCAAAUGUUGAGAAUCUAGUACCUGAAAGAGUUGCAGAUGGCACAAUGGUUUGUAUACGUCUCUAUUGUGGAGCCCGCUUUUCAUUUUAACUCAUCAGUGUAGCUAGCAUUCAAUGAAAGCUAUCCUCGUUUUUGGUCGUAAUUACGCUGGUUUCUAUGUUAUUUUGACCCUAUUAAUGACAUCUAUUCAGGCUGUUGAGCUCGACAAACAAUGAACUUUUGUAAACCUUUACGUGAACCUCGAAGUUGUCUUUAUCUCUCUCGUCAGGUGGCGACGAAGACAGUUCCCUCACUUUUCUUAAUUCUCUUUGGUUUAGGCGUUCAUGUUCGAGUCGUGUUUAAGUUUGGCUGUUACAAAAUGGGCGGCAGAAACGUCGGAGAAACUGGACAAAGAUUAUUACAAGGUCUGGUCUGAUAUUAAAAGUCAUUUUGAUCCAGAAUGGAAACCAGAGAAAGCUUAAAGACAUAGCAGUCGUGAGUAAAACAAAGUGGUAUGUAUGUAUCAGUAUUCUGUAUCAAAAUGCUCUAUUUAAUUAUAACUAAAGAUAAAAUAAUAUCUAAAGUAUAUUUUACGAAACAUUGGCAUAGAACAGCUAUACAUGGACGGAUUAAGUAACGUAAAGGAUAUGUCUUGGAAGAAAU